CAUAUGUUUGCUAAUAUAAUAACUUUCCUCAAAAGAAAACAGAGAUAUCCUUGAUAUUUGGCGGGUUAGUUUGGAGGGAGGCGAAAACCAGAAUUGGAACAUUCUUUUGUUUCAUGCAAAUACGCAGUACUUAAUACCCAAAAACUCCAUGCCUUCCUAAUUCCCACCAAACGCAUCAGAUUUCCCCUCUUCCCUCUAAAAUCCCCCUUUUCUCUUCAAUUUCAAAACCCUAAUUCCCAAUUUCUUCAAAUUACUAGUCAAAACAACCUCAAUUUCCAUAACUAGGUUCGUUUUGCAUGUAAAAUGCCUCUAAACUCGCCUUCCAUGACGCCGAAUGACAGCGACCUUGGUGGAAAUGACGCUGAUCCAAGGCUACAACUCACCAAAAUUGCUAACCCUUCCGAAGAUUUUGAAAAAAAGACUUCAUGCAAGAGGCUGAAAGAUGUUGAAAUUUAUGUCCCAAUAGUCUUUGGAACAAUUGCAUUUUGGCUAGGCAAGAAAGCCACUGAAACUCAGUCACAUAGGUGGUCAGUAUAUGUUCGUGGGGCAACAAAUGAGGAUCUUAGCGGCGUUAUCAAGAAAGUUGUUUUUCAACUGCAUCCAAGCUUUAAUAAUCCUGUUAGAGUGGUAGAAUCACCGCCCUUUGAGUUGUCAGAAUGUGGUUGGGGCGAGUUUGAAAUUGCAAUAUCCCUUCUCUUCCACGAUGACGUUGGUGAAAAGAAGUUGGAUUUGUAUCAUCAUUUGAAGUUAUACGCAGAGAAUGAGCCUGGCCCCCAGUCAACAAAGAAACCUAUUGUUGUGGAAACUUACAAUGAGAUUGUAUUCCCGGAUCCUCCUGAGGAUUUCUUUUCUCGUAUUCAGAACCAUCCUGCAGUAGUCGUGCCACGGCUUCCUGCAACAUUUAAGUUGCCUCCUGCACCAAUUGAGGACCUGCAUGCCUUGAAGAGAGGUGAUACAAAAAACCAUCCUCUUAGUCAGUGGUUCAUCAAUUUCUCUGAGGCUGAUGAACUCUUAAAACUCACAGCAGCUCGUCAGAGGGUGCAAGCUCACAUUGUUAAGCUGAGGAGGCAGUUGAGUGUGAUGGAUGAGCUACCCCAGACAUUCAAACUGGAUUCUGAUUAGAGUAUGUACAUGAUUAGUCGGUCACAUUUACAUGUUCUUUUUACAUGUCGACUAGCUCAGUUAGUGGAAGUUCAUUUUCUUUUCUCCAUCCAUAUCUUGUUAAAAUCUCGACCUGACCCUUUCACUACCCCCCGGCCCCUCCUUUCAUUUCUAUCUCCUCCAUAUGCUGUGAGGUACAGGCUGUACUAUGUCCUGGAUAACGUCUCAGGAUAUUUUUCUGUAACAUCUAGGAUAGUUGUGUUAUUCUGGCUCCUCUGUAAAAAAGAAUGUUACCAGGAUUUAUGGUUAAACUAUUUGUCAAAAAAAUUGGAAGAAAAUUUCCUGACUGAAGUCUUACUGGUUUGCUUUCCGGAUAUGUUACAUGAGACUUAAAUUGGUACAUUUGCUCCCUCAGUGGCAGGUUUUACGCACAGGU